GUCGUCCCUCUUCUGUCUUCCACGAGGGCUAACACGGAUCUCAUCUCAAUCCUGCUGGAAAUAUACAACUAGACAUCUGCUUUCUAUCGCAAAACUACCUUUGUACAUCACUCAUGGCCCCGAAGCGCAAGUCAGACGACUCCACAUCGCCAGAUCCCCCCACGGCUCGCGAGAAGAAGAAACAGAAGACCGCCAUGGCCCGUACUAUACCAGUGCAAUCUGUACAAGCGGGCAGCAGUGGCAAUUCAGCCGCGGGGCCGUCUAAGUCUGUUCGCUUCGACAGUAUGCAGGGCCUACCGACUUCCAUCGACGUGGAGCGAUUUGCUGAGGCUCGGUCUUUUGAGAUCAGCGCAAUGGAAGAUGCUAUGAAGAGUGCUCAGUCUGCAUCUACAAAGAGAGCCUGGCAAGAACUUCCGCGUCAUCUGAGGCGACGCGCCGCUAGCCAUGAUGUACGCCGCGUCCCCUUACGCCUGAGAGAGAAGGCUCGAGCGGAGAUGGACCCUCAGCGCAAGAAAGCACUCGGACGCCACGUUCCCAAACGCGGAAAGCACAAACAGCUACCGCGGACGAAGCAGUUUCUCAAACGCCAACUUGAUAAAACAUGGCUGGAGACACAUAUAUGGCAUGCGAAGCGGAUGCACAUGAAGAAUAUGUGGGGCUACAGAUUGGCCGUUGAGCCAACGGAGAAGUCCUUCCGACCCUCUCAUAGAGCAUCUGUCCAUGGUUCUAUUCUACAUGAUGCAUCCUACUUCGCACUCAUCGAGCUCGCGGGGCCAGAGGACAUCUUACGCACCCUAUUAGACAGCUGUUCGGACUAUCAAGGCCCUAGUCCUGGAGCCAAACGAUUCCUGACAGGCGCAAGGGUUUGCGAGACACACCUCUACAAGCACAGAUCUUACCCUUUCGACUUAAUCGCUCCCAUGGCCGUUAUUUGGCGACCAGUCGCCCAGGAACGCACUAAACCGGAAGCAGCUCACUCCGAGGUCUCGAAGUCAAAGAAACGCCGCGGAAAAGGCAAGGGCAAAGCCAAGGAGCGAGAGCGCGCCUCAGGCCAGGCUCAGCCUCCACGCAAGGUCUGGAUACGUGUGCACCCUUCUGUCGUGCACGUCACGCAUCAGACACUUCGCGUCGCCGCAUCAUAUGCUCUGGAUGCCGCGAAGACAGCAGACCCGAGCAGAGAGGUAGCUGAGGUAGAUAUCGUUGAUUUGAGAGAGCAUGUCAACGUCUUCGAGAUUAUGGGGCCGAAGUCCAGUCAGGUCAUCAAGGGUGCACUCAAGCCCACGAACGAUAAUGGAGAUGACUUCCCUAAGUUCUGGGACUCCUUGAGUAAACUGCAAUCUACAGGUUCGUUACCCAGAGGCAUGGUAGUUGGUUUCACUGUCCAUGACCCUCGUCUGAGUUUCCCUCCCAAGAACGCAAAACUUGAAGGCGGACUCACGUCGUCACCGAUGACCGUGUUCCCAUCAGCGAAGCUGGCACAAAGCGACAUAUGGGAUGAAAAUGUACGAAAUGGACUGCGGAAGCCAAAGUAUAAGAAGAAAGACAUAGACGAGCGCAAGUCCCAGAACUUGGUGCCGGGAACCCCGCUGCAGCCAACCCAGAAGGACAACCGAGUACCUGUCAUACUCAUUCAACGCUCUGUCGAGGGUGCCUCGCCGAUUUCGCCUUCUUCCCAUCAUUAUGCGAGCAACUCGACUGCGCUGCAUGGGUGGACAUUGAUCAUCCCGCAAGGCUGGGCCAUGGCAUUCCUACCCUCGCUCAUCUACACGGGUACCCGAACUGGUGGUCAGCGCGAGCGGCAGACACAGACCUACGAAGGCGGCUGCGCCUACUUCCCGCGUGAUUACCCCUUCACAGAAGCAUACGAAGAGUAUGCGGACGAGAGGGAGAUAGAGGAAGAAGAUAGGUGGGAACGCAGGCCACCGGCGAAGCGGGUGAACUAUGCCAAGAUCGGGACUCGAAGCCCUUGGAAACCAGACUGGGAGGUUGUGCUCGGAUUGCGCGAACCGCCUGCACAAGAGUCCGAGGAUCCGGCUUCGGAGCUCAUUCCCGCUCAGCGAGCUGACGUGGAGAUGGAGUCCGAGGAAACUGCACCUGGCACUAGCACGCAGCCGAGGAAGGGUAAGAAGGAGAUUCGCCCUUGGCUCCUUCGCGGACAAGACGUUCCUUCGAUACUUCAGAGCAUCUCGUCUAUGAUCAACCCUAGUGCCGGUUUGCUGGGCUGCAUCGACCAGCUCCGCAUCAAGCGUGGUCAAGACCCUCUAGGGGGCAAUGUGCGAGCGAACGAGCUAUGGCAAGGCGCGCUCGUGAGGGUCAGGGUGUUACUGUGCGGCAGGGGCAAUCCAGAGGAUCUCGCCCUGCUGUACAGAUUGGAUGACGAAGAAGCGAGGAAAUGGAAUGAGGCGGAGGCCCUCAGACAGCAAGGUGUUCCGGCAAUGCUCUCAGAAGACACUGAUGAGAAAGAGCUCUCGAAGUUGGUUCCUUCAACGGAUGCUAUCAUUGGCUACGUGACCACAGGUCACUACUCGUUGUCCCGUGGGGAAGGACAUGCGAUCGGUGCUGUCCCAGUGAGUUGUCUCAUUGAUCUGCAGCAGCGAGACGAACGAUUGCGCACGCCAAACUCGCUGCUGGUCAAGAUUCGCGAUCGCGGCGAGACCAUUUGCAGAGCGGCCCGCCUUGAGGUACUCAGUUGAGAUUGUCCAGGACAAUGUACCUCAGCUAUUCGACCUGAAUGAUGCCAUCCAUCGGUCAAACGUUCAUGUUGCUCAUCCGAGAGGCCCAAGACCGUUAGUGAUCCAUUGCUAAGAACGAAAGCAGCCGGAAUACUAU